ACGAGUAAGAAGCCGUGCCUGGCUCACAACUGUUUUAACCUUUCCUCAGAUGAGGCAAACUUCCUAUUCCAACUGCGCCCGCCCCCCCGCGCACACACCUGCCCUUCUGAAACAGCAGCAGCUGCGAAGUGACAAUGGGAAGUAGGCAGGCAUGUCGUACUUUGCUCGGAGAAGGGCUGGGCCUUCUGAGUUCAAACAGGUUCCUGCUUCGCUUUUUUGGCGGCGGCCGUCAGGGCAGGGUUUGCCGUGUGUAACACUCCUCUGACAUGCUGGAACUGGUUUCCACGCCCGUCCCUGCCCACAACGCUCCUGAGAAAGAGACGGAGAGAGAAGGACGGGGCAUACUUGCGAGGACAGAGGAGCUGUAUUUUUUCCCCCUUGAAACUCAGCACUUUCCCCAACUUAUGGUAUACAUACUUUCGCCUCCGCAUUCUCAUACUGACGGGAGCUGCUGAGGCCGGGACCGCCAAGCGCAGGGACGGAGCCAAGACCUUCACGAGUACUUCUCUUCUAGCUCAAAACCUGGCUGAGAUACAUCCCAUAGUGCAUGAAUGGAGGUUUAGUAAGUCUUGCCACUAAACAACUGUGAAAAUGGAAACUUCAUCUCUGCUGUCGUCUUUACAUGAUGAGUGCAGACUGGACAGUUACCUUGAACCACACUACAAGGAAUGGUACAGGCUUGCUAUUGAUGCUUUAAUUGAAGGUGGUUUAGAGGCCUACCAAGAAUUUCUUGCCAAUGAGAGAUGUUCAGAGUUUCUAGCAGAUGAUGAGAUCAAGCAUAUAUUGAACACUGUUCAGAAAAUCCCCCAAAAUACAGUUUAUGCUCCUGAUAAUGCUAUUGAUGAUGCCUCUUCCUCGGGAACCUACUGGCCUAUUGAGUCAGAUGUGGAAGCUCCUAAUCUUGACUUGGGUUGGCCCUAUGUAAUGCCUGGAAUUUCUGGUGGUACAAAUAUUGAGCUACUCUUCCAUCCUCCACGAGUACAACCUUUUACAAUAAAGGAAACUAUUAGAAAGAUGAUCAAAGAAGCAAGAAAGGUUAUUGCCAUAGUUAUGGAUACGUUUACGGAUGUGGAUAUUUUCAAAGAAAUUGUAGAAGCAUCCACAAGGGGAAUUUCAGUAUAUCUUCUGCUAGAUCAAUCUAACUUUGACCACUUUCUCAAGAUGACAGAGAAACAGGGCUGUCAAGUCCAAAGGCUUAGGAACAUGAGAGUACGCACAGUAAAAGGACAAGAUUACUUCUCCAAGUCAGGGGCAAAAUUCCAUGGGAAAAUGGAACAAAAAUUUCUCCUUGUUGACUGUAAGAAAGUCAUGUAUGGUACUUACAGCUUUAUGUGGUCAUUUGAAAAAGCCAACCUGAGCAUGGUCCAGAUUAUCACAGGACAACUUGUUGAAUCUUUUGAUGAAGAGUUUAGGACACUAUAUGCCCGUUCUUCUGUUCCUAGUUCAUUUGCUCCAGAACUAGUUAGGAUUAAUAGCCGCCGAGCACUCUGGGAGAACAACACAUACCAGCAUUCACACUCAUCUUUAGCUUCUGUUUCUAGCCAGCCUAACCUUUUGGGGAGGCAAGACAAGAUUCACAACUUGGAUCUUAACCUUCUGAAAACACGAGGAAGAUACGGAAUAAACGACAAUGACAAAUUUGGUACUAGAAACCAGCUUUUUAAUAAAACACAAUUUGCUCCAGGUUUUCAUAUGCAGAAUAGAAUCCAGCAGUAUCAACCCAAUGAAAUAAAUGAGCAUUGGAAAAGACACAGCUAUGCAGGGGAGCAACCAGAAAGAACUCCAUAUUUGUUGCUCAACAGAGCAAUGAAUCGGGCAAAUAAUCCACCCAAUAUUUGGAAAGUACCCUCUGAUAGCCUCAGUAUAGUAUCUUCUUUGCGUGAGGGCUAUACAAAUCGCAAUGUGGCUCAACAAAGUUUAGCUGAUCGGCUUCCACAGCCAAAACUCAAUAUUGCAGAUAGGAACUCAGUUGUAAGGAGGUCUUUUAAUGGAACAGACAGUCACAUCCGCUAUCUACAGCAGAGAAUGCCAACUCUUGAACGUACCACCAAAUCAUUUCUUCGUAACUGGCGCAUUGAAUCAUACCUAAAUGAUCAGUCAGAUUUUCCACCAGAUUCAAAUGGUUCAGGGGUAGGUGACAGGUGUGAGGGCUAUGAUGCAGCAGAAAACAUCAAAGCCCAUGCCCUUUUUGCCCAUUCUCGCCUACGUUCUUCAUUUGUUUUUAAACCUACACUGUCAGAACAGAAAGAAGUAAACAGUUGUGCAAGUUCUUCAAAUUCAACUAUCAUUGGUUCAGAUGGUAGUGAAACACCUAAAGGAACACCCAAUCAUGUUCCCAAACUAGAAGACGCAGCUGAUAACACAGAGGCAGAACUGAGGACUAAUGUCCCUCUGGAGCCUGUCGCACUAAAAAGCCACAAUGUGCAAGUUUCAGAAGAUAAAAAACCGACUGUAACUCCUGUUACUAGAGAUCAGCCUCCCCACCGGUAUUCAAUUCUGAGUACAAGCAGGCCAGUAGAAUUUCUGAAAAACCAUACAAAUGAAAAUAUACUGAAAAGGCGAAGUUUUCCAAUGUUUGAAAAUUCAAAAUCUGGUUUGGAUUAUGAAGAUAACAAAGAGGCAUCUAGCUAUGUCUAUAGCACACUCAAUAGGAAUAGAUUUAAGCGACCAACAGUUCUAACACUUCCUGCAGAAGACAGUCUAAAAAACUCCAAAAGCCUACAUAGUGUACCCAACCACCUUGCACAUGGUGGUAAAGAUCACAAAGUAGAACCAAAAACCUCACCCACUGCCAAGUCCAUCUCUGUGGCUGCACUAGCUGAAUUGGGCAAAGAAGAAACUUGCAAGGAUGCCUCACCAAAGAAAGAGAACAAGAACUCCCCAAAUUUCCUGAAAAAAGGAUCACAGAAACUGAGGUCAUUGCUGAAUCUUACACCAGACAAGAAAGAAAGCUUGUCAAAAAACAAAGCUCCUGCUUUCUACAGAAUGUGCAGCAGUUCUGAUACUUUGGUGUCAGAAGAUGAAGAGAAUCAAAAGCCCAAAAUAUCUGAUAUUAAGAUUGAUUGUUCUCCAAGAAGAAAAAGAACCUCCUCAUCUAACUCACAAGGGAGCAUACAUAAGAGUAAAGAGGAUGUUCAGGUGUGCCCAGCAAAGUCCCCCAAAUCGCCCAAGCCUCCCAAAUCCCCUAAACCUCCCAAAUCUCCAAAGUCUCCAAAAUCUCUAAAACCUCCAUCUGAUGAAAACAUUAAAAGAUGUCCUCCUGUGAAUCCUAUAGAAAAUAUGUUGCUAGAUCCUCCAGGUGAUGCAUCUGCUCCUAGAUUUAAUACUGAACAAAUUCAGUACCAGGAUGUCAGGGAGGUACGUACAAAUGCAGGCCGUGAGCGGGUACCUGCCCUUGCCUCUGCUCCCAUUGCUCCACAAAGAGUCAAUGAAGUGACAUCUCGCCCUUCAAGUUCAAAGCCCAAUGAUGAGAUGAUAAGGUCUCACUUGAGUGCAAGGCGUAUUUACAGUCGCUUUGAGCCAUUCUGUAAAAUGGAUGGUGCUUCUCAGCCAGUAGGAACUCCACCAGUGAUUCACACGCCAAAAAGCAGCACUCAGCUCUCAGACACAAAUAGCAAGACCUCUAGAAAUAAUUAUACAAGGAGCAAUCAGAUGGCUAAUUACAAUCCUGGUGUAUACCACCCAUUACAUCCAAAUGAAAACAAGCUUCGAGGAUUUAUGCAAAAGUUUGGGAACUUUAUAUACAAAAACAAAUGAAACGUUACAUAUGGGAUUUUUUUUAUUAAAAAAACUUGCUGUAAAUACUUAACAAAUGUAGACUGAUGUGGAAGCUUUUGUAAAGCUUAACUAAAGUUACUGCAGGGAUUAAACUUGAAAAUUGCGAUAUGUAUAUAUAAUUUUACAAUAUCCAAAAUGCCACUGUAAGUUUUGGAAUUAGCGGUGUUUAUAUCUUUUUACAUUUUUAUGGAAUUUGAGAUGCAUUCAUUGCCCAGCAAUAAGACAUAUUUUAUAAAUCCUAAUAGUAGUGACCUAGAUGGCACAAUAAGCCAGAGGAAACCUUUAAAACAGAGGUUAGAACCCUUUCAGGGUCUUUUCAGAUAAUUACUUACUUGCCCGACCAAUGCUUGUUUGUUCCUCCUUUAAAAAUAGUAGAACAACAAGAUAAUUAUGCAUUGUUGUAACCCACUGGAUGGAGAAGUUAAGUCUCAAUGAAAUAAAUAAAAUAUAUGUAUGCUCCAUGGGCCCACUGCAGACAUAAUGACUCUGAUUGUCUCUGGAGCAUGCCAUGAGCUCAUAAUUCUA